UGUUAAGACAGCAGCUAACCUAGUUAGGAGGCGUGGAGAACGGAGUAGCUGCCCACCAAAUCCUUAAGGAAAGAACGUUAGCUAAAAAACAUUUUCCCCAAAAAGAUGGCUGUGAACACGGGCACGUCCCUCGUCCUCUCCAGCCUGUUGUCAGUGCUGGUGUUCGCGGGCAUGCAGAUGUUCAGUCGACAACUGGGUUCCUCAGAGUGGUUGACCAUCCUGGGAGGGUUCCUGGGCUCUGUCCUCUUUAUCUGCUCCCUGACUGCCUUCAACAAUCUGGAGAACCUAAUUUUUGGAAAGGGGUUUCAGGCCAAGAUUUUCCCAGAAAUUCUGCUGUGCCUGUGCAUCUCUCUCUUUGCCUCUGGGCUAGUGCAUCGUGUAUGCGUCACAACCUGUUUGAUAUUCUCUCUCUUCGCACUAUACUACAUAAAUAAAGUGUCAGCAGCUCUCUAUCAAGCUGCUGUUCCUGCAGCAACUCCAGCCAAAACUGCCAGCAAGGGGAAGAGGAAGAACUGAACCAAUGACACGAUCAACCAGCCAGUUGCUUUCCACAGUCAUCAUCCUGAUCCAAUGGAAGCGGCCAGCCAGUUAGAGCACUCACGAUGGCGUUGUGUUUUGAUAAUUCUUUAAAUUUAUUUUUACAUUCCAGAAACCCCCUCUCUUUAUCCUCUCCCUGUGUUCUCUGCCCCCCGGUAUCCUGUACAUCAACUUCCUCCAAAUCACAGCGCUUACUGUGUUUAAUUCAUGCUU